AUGGACGAAAUGUCUAAGGGCAUGUCACAAACAGGAAGCACCCCUGCAACUGACGAAAAUGAAGAGAUUGACGGCUCGCCGACGCCGAUGGUGUACGUGAACGAAUCGUGCUUGGACUGCGAAAGGAUACGAGAGGCAUGCGAGCGACUCGGCACCGUGGCUGUAGUCCGAAGUCCAGACGCUCUGCCCUCGCUCCAGCAGCCUCCAUCCCCCGCAGCUUAUCUUGUGACGGCGCCCUUUGACGGCGACCUCUUCGACGCUGCACACAAAGCCAGAUACAGGGUACUGGGUCCAACGGCGGUGCUACAGCUUGCUGAGCGAGAUGAGCCCUCGCCGGCCAACACGCGGCCGCUAUACUCGCUUGCGAUGCGAGGGGCUGUUAUAUGCUUCUCGGGAUUUCGACAAAAAGAUGAACUCACGUACCUGAUAACGUUGAUACAUUAUAUGGGCGGUUCUAUACGUAAAGACAUGUCUGGUAAAGUGACGCACCUCAUAGCAGCUUCGGCCACUGGUGACAAGUAUCGUUAUGCGUCCGCCUUCGGGCUGCCGGUGUUGGCGAGGUCGUGGGUGGACGCCUGCUGGGAGAGGCGAGACAACCCCGCCUGCAUCGCCACCGAUGAGGCCUUCAUUAAAGAACACAAGCUGAGGGUAUUCGCGGGUGCUCGUGUAUGUUUCGUCGGUUUCCCUGAGGACGAGACACAGCAUAUGGCGGAGGUGCUCGCCAGUAACGGUGGUACAACCUGCGCCCUCGACCACCCAGACUGUACACACGUUGUAAUGGCCAAUGGGGAGACUUUCGGUCGUUCGCUUGUCCUAUCACCUCACCUCAACACUCCCAAUAAUUCCACAAAGCCUUCCCGCUCUCCACCGAACCGUUCCCAAACCACUCCAAAGAGCUCACUCUACCGUAGGCUAUCGGCACGACUCUCGGGCCGCCGCGCUAGUACGAACGAACCCAACGAAGAAAAUACUCGAGACUAUAGAGAAAAGAGCUUACAAGAUAUGAGAGACAGUAUUAGAAACAGUAUUAGUGAUAGGAAGGAUAGAUCUCACUCUGAAGAUAUCAGUAUUCAUAACGUAGAGAAAUCAUAUUUAGAUGAUAUGUGUCCCAACAUCCAUGAUAAGAGUAGUUGCCACGUCGAACUGCGUAAGCACAAGAGUAGCGAUAAAGAAAAUAAAUAUGUAUCCCAAAUAAUACAAAGCAGUGGAAAAAAUAAUAGUAAAGAUAAAAGAGAAGUGUUCAGAAAUAAGUCUAUCAACGUUUUUAACAUGGUAGAUUGUCUAACAGAGACGGGCUCUCUGAGAUCAUCUCUGACGAAGAGUCUCUGUGAUCUGGAUCCUAAAGACGAUCCCGGCUUUGCCUUACCAGCCUCAGGCAAUAAGGAACUACAGCAGUCCAAUACUACAAUAUCCUCUGGUAAAAAAAGGAGUAGAAACUCUACUGAUUCCAAUUUCCAAAUAAGCAUUAUUGACGGCAAUAACCUGUCUCCAGACAAAUGUGAAGACGUAAAUUGGAAGUCUAUAAAAAGGUUGAAGAUUAAAGAUUCAUUCAAAUUUAAAACGAGACCCACAAUAUUCAAAAAGACUAAAAAAGAAUCAGUGUCGAAAGCAUCUGGUGAUAUCACUGUAGAGCCCGUGAGUCCGGAGAGCAUGAAGCCAACAGAUCCGGCUGGGGAAUUCGUUGCCUCUACAUCAUCUCCUAUUCGAGAAUACGAUAAUGCUUCCGUAUCUUCACUAAACAUAAGCAAACAAUCUGGAUUUUUCGAUAUAUCCUUCGCCUCUAUAAGAAGCUCCAAAACCGUAAAGUCCGCAUCGAAAUUACGAAGAAGCGUGAAAUCGUUUACAGCUUCCUUCAGAAGCGAAAGAAAAAAGAAAUAUGAAAAAAGAGCUGAAAGGAACACAGUGGAAGUAGAUCCCAGUCACCUGCCGCCCGAGCUCAAAAACGUUUCAACACCAAAGAGAGAUCUCGACGACAUACACUUCGAUAUAUCUCCUGUGCAAGUAGACACAGUGGACAGCACAGACAUGAGAACGCCGGUGACAAACAACCAGGACGUAGACGAGCUGGACGAUUCUAGUGUGUUUAAAACGCCGCAUAGCGUCUGGCUCCGGGCUCACCGGCACUCCCCUCUCGGGGGCCCGGAGCCCAGCUCGCGCGGCGGCCCCGUCCCCCGCCCCUCCCCCGCGCCGUCUCCGCGCCGCGCCGAGCCUCGCCCCGAGACGACCCCCACUCGAGACGCUCGCGCCUUGUCUCAAUGCCAUGGACUAUCGCUGCCGGUGGUGGACGAGCAUAAUACAGUAUUAGCACCAGAAUGUUCCCCGCGAGUUCACGUCGUCAAGGCAGAGUGGUUCUGGGCGUCGGUACAAAACGAAGAAGCUCAAGAUGAGAGGGAAUAUCUUUUCAAAGACUACUUAGAAGAGGCGUCUGCACGAUGGUCGACGAUGGGUGUCGCGGGUAGUGGGAGUAGUGGUACGUGUGGCACGUGUACGACCACGGCGUCUUCAGGGGAGGAGGCGGGUCCAGUGGCCAGCGGCACGCCGGCAGCGCUGCAACGUCUCCGUAAACGGAAACUGCGAGGAGGCGACGCUGCGCUACAUAAACGACGUUCCUCGGUCGGGGACGCGGUGCUGCUCAGCCUGUCCGGGAACCUACUGGACUGUACGACCUCUCCUGACGGGAAACAGCUGCUCGAAGAAUCAGAAGUACCCGAUAAUGUGGUGCGAAAAUUAAUGUCACCCCGGCAACAAGUCUUCAUGGAAUUGCUUCAAACGGAAUCAAAUUACGUGGGAAUUUUACACACUAUAGUUAACAUGUUUAAACAACCUUUAGAAGAAAUGGCCGAAGAGGACUGUAGUAAUGGGAAAAAUCAGUCACUGCUCAAUAAUACAGAACUUAAAAUUAUCUUUGGAAAUUUACCCCCUAUUUAUGAAUUACACCAACGGAUGUUGGAAGACCUUCGUUCAGCGCAGGCCAACUGGAGUGAGGAGGUGAGCAUCGGUCGCCUCGUGAGGAGGUACACACCCGACAUGGUAAAGGCUUACCCUCCGUUCGUCAACUUCUUCGAGAACACUAAAGAGAUGCUGCAACAAUGCGAUCGUGAGAACCCAAGAUUUCAUGCAUUCCUGAAAAUCUGUCAGACGAAACCUGAAUGCGGUCGACAGAGUUUGCAGGAACUAUUAAUACGGCCAGUGCAGCGGUUACCGAGCAUAAGUCUACUGUUGGACGAUAUUCUGAAGCACACUCACAAGAGUAAUCCGGACCACGCGGCGCUAGUGUCGGCGCUAGCGGGGCUGAGAGAGGUGAUGUCGCACAUUAACGAGGACAAGCGGAAGACGGAGGGACAGUUACAGAUGUUCGACAUUUAUAACGAUAUCGACCAGUGCCCGGCUCACCUCGUGUCGUCUCAUCGUUCGUUCGUGUCUCGCUGUGAGGUCGUUGAACUGUCAAAGGAACUCUCAGGUCGAGGGGACCAUCUUGUGCUCUUCCUCUUCACAGACACGAUGGAAGUGUGCAAAAAACGAUCUAAGGCUUUUAACACUAAAAGUCCUACAAACGGUACGGGUACGAUGAGGAUCGGUUCCAGUAAGCCAUACAGACACAUCUCACUCAUGCCGCUGAGCACUGUGAAGAGAGUCGUCGAUAUAAGGGAGGCGGAAGAUUGUCACAACGUGUUCGCGCUCAUGUGCCGCAGCAACCAGGAGCUGAAGGAGAAGCUGUACUCGUUCAUGAUCACGGACGAGACGGUCGACAAGACGCACUUCCUGAGGCAGCUGUGUCGACAGAUGGCCAACACUGUCUGCAAGGCUGACGCUGAUAAGUUCCUCGCGUGUCUUGAGUCCCAUCAACUGGACAUCGACACGAGUGACCUCGCCUUGAGCACACUCUCUAAAGUCUCCAAAUUCGCGGCUCGCACCAGAAUAAAGCUGGAGGCGCUGGCGGGACUCGGCGGCUGGCUGCGCGCCGAACCGGGACCGGCCUUGAUAGACACAUGGGUAUUGCGCGCUCACUUACUAGCACAGGUCGGACGAGCUCUGUCGUUCAACAAGACUCCCUCCAAGCUGAAGAGGGCCAUGUCGUCUAUGAUCCCUCCCCUCGGGUCCACCUCCAACCUGACGCCGGCCUCGCAGCUCGCGCAGAUGAGACUCGCCAGUUGUAAUAACAUUAAUGAGAUGGGUACGAGCGGGUCGGGUGGUGGGGAGGCGGGCGUGCUAGUAGCGCCUCUGUCCGUGCAGCCUACGCGCAAGGCGACGGGCGCGGCCGCCGCUCUAAGGCGCUUCUGA